UUAUACUAACUUACUACUUGAUAUGAUAUAGUUCAUUUCACAUAUAAGUCAGGCCAAAUGAAAUCAGAAGUGUUUCCAGUUCCCAGUCCGUCCUAACCGGAUAAAAUGUUCCCAACCUAAACAUUUUUUUAUUCUAAUUCUAAAAGUUGGACUGAUAAUUUUCCCGAUUUGUUUAUUACUGUUUUGUACAGUAUUACACUCUGCUGUCACCAAAGCACUUCAAACACUUGUGUGUCAGGCGUCAUGGUGAUAUCAUAGCAUGCAAAAUGCCUGCCAUUAGGGCUGGCAGUAGUUUGGUUAUAGUUUAAUGAUAAAAGGUAAAUUUCCCAUCUAAAACCAACAUUCAGGAAAGGGAUGAAGUGGGUAUAUUAAAAUAUAUACAUGUAAACUAUAAGAUGACCAAUUGCUGCUCUCUGAUGAAAACAAAAUAAUGUUAUAGUUUGAAGUGUUUCAAUGAUUUUUGAAGAAAAAACCCAGUUCAUAUCUGUAUCUAUGUACAAUCUUUAUCAUUUACUUAUGUCAUAUAGUUUAUACAGUAUUUGUAAUGCCAUUUCUUUUUCUUUUUUUAACCUUGUAGGAUUAUCUCUUCUUAUGUUUACAUUUCCUCUCAACCAAUAGCGAGAAAAGGCAGAAAAGAUGACCUAUUGGAGAAGUUCUGAGACUGCUGAAAUUAAUGGAAGACAGAUCCAUCAAGAAGCCACAGUCGACAAGAGCUGGGGUCAGAAAGGCAGUCCCUGGGAGUUCAACCUGCGUGAUCUGUUUCGAUGGUGUGAUCUUCUCUGUCACAAUCAGGUGAAGGAUCUGUACGAGAGGAUAUUUCCUGAUAGUCUGCCAUUUUAUGUGCCCAGUAGACAAGUAACCAUUUCCAACAGUGUAAUACAGGCAGGACACUCAUUUCUCUGCCGUGAAGAGUUUGUGUCAAGGGAGACAACUCGGUCACUGUACCUCCUUCACCACCUCCUGGAGCGUAUGGAAGCAGUGAUGAAGUGCGUCCAGAUGAACUGGAUGCCCAUUCUUGUAAUUAAAAAGUGGGGCCUCAGUCCUGUGGUAAGACCAGCUUGGUCCAGCUACUGUCCAGUUUGACCGGCCAUCACCUACAUGUUCUAGCAAUGAACUGUUCCAUGGACACCACAGAACUACUGGGCAGAUUUGAAGAG